AUGGACGUGCACCGUAUUGGCUUUACUCAGCUAUCAGACAACAACAAUGCUAAGAUCAAUAUCAUUUUCAUACAUGGUUUAAGGGGACAUCCAAGGUAUACAUGGGAGUCCGGCCGAAAAGUGUCUAAUACAGAUAUAAACUCGGCUUCUGCAGCGUCGAACAAAUCAAAAUCUCGCAAAUCUCUCAAAUCUUUCGAUUCUUUCAAAUCUCUCUUCAGGUCUAAGUCUUAUAAGCCUUCCGGGUCAUCUACUACCAGCCAAAGUUUAUCUGAUAUACGCAAAGUAUUCUGGCUUCAAGAUUAUCUUGUUGAGGAUAUACAUGAAGCUAGAGUAUGGACAUAUGGAUACAAUGCAGACAUGAUUGAUGGCUUGUUCCAGGCCAACAAUCAGAACAGCGUGUUACAGCAUAGCAGAGAUCUUGUAGAGAAGAUUAAGGGAGAGAUCGAAAAUGAGGAUUCUUUUGUGUUUGUAGCACAUAGUUUAGGUGGCAUUAUCGUAAAGGAUGCGAUACACAGCUCUCAACCAGUUCACAGGCGUACCAAAUCAGUCAUCUUUCUUGGGACACCACAUCGAGGGAGCAUAUAUGCUGGAUGGGGCGAAAUCGCAUCAAACCUUGCUCGACUAGCCCUACGAGACUCGGAUAAGGAGAUUCUGGAACCAUUAAAGGUGAAUAGCGAGCUCCUCGAUAAUAUUCAUAAAGGGUUUAAAACGAUUGUAUGCGAGUAUGGUAUCAAGAUUCAUUCAUUUCAGGAAGCACAGGCAACAUCGGGCAUAAAGGGGUUACACGUUAACGAUUUCUCUUCAAAACUCGAUUUACCACAAACCCUUGAAACGGUUGAGAGUAUCAAUGCAAACCAUAUGGAAAUGGCAAGAUGUAGUAAUAGAGCAGAGUCACAAUAUCGUGCUAUUCUGGGCGUCCUCCGACAAGUUAUUCGCAAUCUGAACAAGAGACGUAUCGAAGAGACUAAAGGAGGACUACUUGAUAAUGUAUAUAAUUGGAUUUUCGAUAAUAGUGAUUUUCAACAAUGGCACUUUAACCGAGAUAAUCGCCUACUUUGGAUUAAAGGAGAUCCUGGUAAGGGCAAGACCAUGUUGCUCUGUGCACUCUCUGAUAUUUUGAAGGAUAUCUUGCAUGAUAAGAAUUUGAAGCCGACGAUCUUGAUUAUUGAUGCGCUUGACGAAUGCCAAAAAGACCUGCCACAAUUACUUCGCCUAAUUGUUUCGGGCUUAUCCAUUUCUUCUCGUGUUAAAUGGCUUGUCUCUAGUCGGAACUGGCCCGAAAUCGAAGAGCAGUUACAACAGGCCGAGCAGGGAACCCGGCUCAGUCUCGAGCUGAAUGCUGAAUCAGUAUCUGCUGCUGUCAGGUGGUAUAUCCGAGAGAAGGUGAAAUAUCUUGCGAGAACAAAAAAAUACACAACGGAGACAAAGGAUACUAUCGAACGUUAUCUCCUAGAACAUGCAAAUGGAACUUUUCUUUGGGUGGCUUUAGUUUGUCAAAAUCUUGAAAAAGCUCGAUUAUUCACGAAUUCAAAGCUGCAAGAUUACCCUUCCGAACUUGAUCCUUUAUAUAAUCGUAUGAUGGAACAGAUAGUAGAUAUGGAAGAUAUCGAGGCAGCUAAGAUAUGCCUUCAGAUCCUGGCUAUUGUAGUAAUAGCAUAUCGGCCUCUUGCGCUUGACGAACUAAUGUCCUUGAUGGAGAUGAAUAAUGAGAUUCCGCUAGAGGAAAUAAUACAACUUUGUGGUUCCUUUCUGGUUGCUAACAAAGGUUCUGAACUCUAUACUCUCAUACAUGACGCUAAACGCUUCGUCCUUUACAAUCGAAUAGGAAUUGAACAAGCUCCUCUUCAAAUCUAUUGCUCAGCUCUUUUCUUUGCUCCAGAGAAUAGUAUUAUUCGAAAAACAUUUCAAGAAUAUAUUCCAAGUUGGAUUUAUAAAAUAUCAAGGACACGAUCAAAUUGGAGUGCCGCCCUCCAAACGCUCGAGGGUCAUUCGGGUUCGGUUAAAUCAGUUGCCUUCUCACCAGAUGGUACAAAAGUAGCUUCGGGCUCUCACGAUAAUACAAUCCGGCUUUGGGAUGCAAUGACGGGCGAAUCGCUUCAAACGCUCGAGGGUCAUUCGGAUUGGGUUAAAUCAGUUGCCUUCUCACCAGAUGGUACAAAAGUAGCUUCGGGCUCAGAUGAUGAAACAAUUCGGCUUUGGGAUGCAAUGACGGGCGAAUCGCUUCAAACGCUCGAGGGUCAUUCGGAUUCGGUUUCGUCAGUUGCCUUCUCACCAGAUGGUACAAAAGUAGCUUCGGGCUCAGAUGAUGAAACAAUUCGGCUUUGGGAUGCAAUGACGGGCGAAUCGCUUCAAACGCUCGAGGGUCAUUCGGGUUCGGUUUCGUCAGUUGCCUUCUCACCAGAUGGUACAAAAGUAGCUUCGGGCUCUCACGAUAAAACAAUCCGGCUUUGGGAUGCAAUGACGGGCGAAUCGCUUCAAACGCUCGAGGGUCAUUCGGGUUCGGUUUCGUCAGUUGCCUUCUCACCAGAUGGUACAAAAGUAGCUUCGGGCUCUCACGAUAAAACAAUCCGGCUUUGGGAUGCAAUGACGGGCGAAUCGCUUCAAACGCUCGAGGGUCAUUCGGGUUCGGUUUCGUCAGUUGCCUUCUCACCAGAUGGUACAAAAGUAGCUUCGGGCUCUCACGAUAAAACAAUCCGGCUUUGGGAUGCAAUGACGGGCGAAUCGCUUCAAACGCUCGAGGGUCAUUCGAGUUGGGUUAAUUCAGUUGCCUUCUCACCAGAUGGUACAAAAGUAGCUUCGGGCUCUCACGAUAAAACAAUUCGGCUUUGGGAUGCAAUGACGGGCGAAUCGCUUCAAACGCUCGAGGGUCAUUCAAGUUUACAGGCAUCCUCAGCCUUUGAACGAUAA